AUGGAUGAGUUUUCUCUGAUCAGUGACCACAGUGUGCUACUUCAAGGCCGUGGCAUGUUCUCUGCAGGCACAGAGGCUAGCACGUUCUCUGCUGAUAGAUACCUUGGUCUGGGCAAUUCUUCAUCAGGAGGCUAUACAGUCCGAACACAAGAUGAACGCAAGAACAAGGGAAAAGAUGUGUUUGACUGUGACUGGCUUGAGCUGGGUGGCUUCGAUGAUUUCGAAACAAACCUCAGAAAUUUCGAUCCCACGUUUGAGAUAGGGAGCAAUUACUUUGAGGAUCCACAUAUAUGGUCUUCAAUUUGCUCACCAGAAGCUCAACUUGUACCGAGCAGCUAUUUUGACAAUAUCGAUUUCUCGAUUGAUCGAAAUGAGAGCAUGGCUGAUCAUAUAUUACAGUCAUCAGUUUCAGUUCCUGAUGCUACUAGUGCUAAACAUUCAUUCAUUCAUCAGAUCAAUAUGAAAAAUCCGACCAACACACAGCAACAAUCCAGGAAUGAAGUGAGGGAUACACCUUUGAACUGUGAGGCACAUGCCAGUUCUUCUUCCGGGGAAAUCGAGCAAUUCUCACACCAUUCAGAUGCUGAACUUUUCUGCCCCUUAGACGAUAUUGCAAGCGCGAACCAAAUCGGUGGCUGCGAGGAGCUAGAGGCUAUUCUUUGCUCGAAUCGGGAAAUGCGAGUCCCAACGGCAUCUAGCACCAUGUGCAAUGAUGGAACGGUACCUUCAUCUACUUUCUCAGGGCCAGAUCUUGUUGCUGCUCAUAUUCCUCGCUCUAAGAAGAAGCCGCAUGUUCUGUUUCAUGGGACUCCAGAUAUGAUCCUCGAGGGAAUGGCUGAAAAUCCACUGGAUAUGUACUUUCCUCUACUGUCAGCAUAUGAACAGCCUGAAAUGCUUAUGAGUGACACAGCAGCACAAACCUAUCAGUUUCCAGGCAGCGAUGUUCAGAACUGUGCAGGCUCGCAGUUUUGUUCGAAGGAGAUGACUUCUGCAGAGUUACAUGAGCAGCCUAGCUCAACAUUGAUCCUGGAAGCGGUGCCAGUAAAGGAUCUUGGCUUCCAGAAGCUUCAGGAAGGCAUGAAUCAGAUGGAUGUUGCAACCAAAGGACGCAUAAGGGAUGCCUUAUACCGGUUGGCCAACGGUGUCGAACAAAAGCAUUGUGUCGCUAGUACAAGUGGAGCAGUGGGAUCAUCAGGUUCAAAGAGGUUCAAAUCAAGCAGAUGGACCGAGACGCAGACGAACCCCGUGGAUCAGUCAGUAGCGCAGCUGCUUCUGCAGAAACCGUUGUACCAAAAGACUGCCUUGCCGCACCGUGUGGCAUAG